AUGUCGGCGCAAAUGAUUGUGCAUCCGCCGUCGAAAGAUGGUUCAAUGGUCUCGCACGAGGAUGAUAUUCCGCCUCAGCCACUGGACCAGGACGAGCAUGAGCCCGGCCACAAGGCAGGCCUAGGUAUACCCCAGAACGGCGAACCAGCUGCUGUCGACGACUCGCCCCAAUUUCCAGAUACCAUCGGGUCAAGGCACCAGGGAAAGGAAGCCUUUGCUUUUCACAAACUGCCCAUCCAGGUCCUGGAGAGAAUCCUAUGGAUGGUGGAUGCCAACAGCUUUGCUUCAUUAGCUAUUCUGAACAAGAACUGGUACAAGGCAGCACAAAAUCGAGAACUAUAUGCCCAUCAUUUGUCUCGUUGUCCAUCUUAUGCCUUGUCCAACACUGUCAUCACCGGUCCGUUUCGGAAAUUUGACCUGUACCGGCUCAAGACGAAAUUUGCAGCAGAGGUCCGGCGAAAUCUGUUCGAGGCGUACUUGCGACCUCGCCAGACUCUCAUCAACCUCAUAUCCGUCAACGCCAGUUCCUCCGCCGCAUUGCCUGGGGCAGAAGCUUUCCGCUUCUCCUUCUCUCCAAAUGGCCAGACGAUUCUUGCGAUCAGUUCCUCCCGAAUAUAUGUCAUUGACGCUGUCACAGACCCUAUCAGUGUGCGCCAUGAGCUCAAGACGAUGAGACGGCCUCUAGCGGCUUCAGUCACUGAUGAUGGCACAAUAUUGGCCGUCCUGUCCUCGAAACAUCAAGCCAAUGUAUACCACUUAACGCCAGAUGGUGUCAAGCAUGUACAGGUGCAGGUUAUGGACAAUCCACCUAGGACAAUCGCGUUGGCGCCCGAAGGCACGGUUCUAGCUGCUGCGUACGAAGGCGGGGUCGAAGUCUUUUCCCUUGCACCAAAUGCCCUUUCCACGGACCGAAGAGCGGUGCGAAGCGAGGGAGUUGAUAUCUUGAGCUUUUCAGGCGAUGGAUCGAUGCUGGUCGGCAGCACCCAGAGUCUGGAAGAACCCUCGGCUGUUGUCAUCACCGCGCCAUUUUACACCGAAAAUGAUCUAUCGCCAAAGGAGGUUCACAGCCGCAUGUGGACAACUCAGAUUCUCUUCCCACAGAUUAGCAGUAUUUGCAGCCACGCGGAAUUGCUGCAAGGCCACACAGAGGGCGACGCUAACUGGCUUUUUGCUUACGAUCACACCCUCAUGUCAUACCGGGCCGUCCGUACCGAUGACACUCGGACCGGCGUUGCCUACUUCUUAAACCCAGCGACGAGCAGACGAUUCAGCCUGCCGGCGCCAUCAACUGCACCGACUGCGACUGUGUGCGGGACUCUCGUCGUGGCUGGCUUCGCUGGGAGUGGUCUGUGGAUGUACGGCGUCCCAGAAAAGCUAGACGUCAGUCCCGACAUGGGUUCGGUGGUCGAGCGGCACGAACAGCGUCUACAAGGAAGGAUGCCGCUCACCUCUGCGACGGGCCAUCUUGAACCUUUGAUGGCAUAUUCACCCUCAAUAUCUGGAAGCAGCGAAGAUAUCGAGGACGACUCGCUGGCCGCAAAGGUCGAAUGGCGAGAAAGCCUGUUCGUCAAAUGUGAGCGGAUCAAGACGCUUGAUGGUGCCACAGCCGCCAAAUGGGUAGAGAGGUGCGAAGACAGACCGUGCUCUUUCACUGGCAAGAGGUUGGUGGUCGUUGCCCCUGGUGGUGUCGAUCAAUUUAUGGAAGAGCUCGGAGAUGAAACUAUGCCCAUUGAUGGCUCGCGUCUCUCGAUACUCGACUUCGACUAUUCGCCAUCCAAAAGUGCAGACCGCGAACUGACUAUUGAAGUGGGUGAAAAGGAGCCGGAGUUGCUCAUCGAGCGGAUGGGUGACAUGGAUAUUGAGGUGGCAAUGGAAAGGAGGCGGACGGUCAGAGAACGUGCAAGAGGAGGGAUGAGAGGCGGUCUCGGUCGCUCCGUAACUACUGCUUCUGCGACACCGGGAUCGCGCCUGAGAAGUGUCUCUCAGGCUUCCUCGCCGUUGGAUGUUGACGCACAAAUUGCUUUGGCAAACUCGACGCCAGCCCCAGUACAACAAGCCUCGCCGAAUUUGCAGAGAUCUGCCACAGCUGCUGGUUUUACUACGGCGCGGUAUCCUCCCAGACCGCCUCUGGCGCAGCAACAAGACGCUGCCAACGCCGCUUAUCACCAGCCACCUGGUCAAUUGUCAGAUGGUUGGGAGUCACCACCUCCGCCCUAUAACUCCGGAUCCCCUCAUCUUCGACCUGGAAUGACGUUGGGUUCACCUUUGAUCCAGCCACGUCCAAUGGGAGGGAUGCCCAUGCCAAUGGUAGGGAUUCCCGAGAAUGGUCAUGCUCCGGAAGUCCACCCUGGCUUUGGACAUGGCAGUCCCAUGAAUCCACAAAUUACACCUCAACAAGUCCAUAUGAUGCCGGAGAAUGCUGCUCCGAGGCAUGUUGUCGGUCAGUAUGGCACUCCCGUCACCAUGAACGACCAAUCAUUUGCUCCCACACCCGAGACAUAUCAACGGACGAGUCCAAUAUCCCACAUUGCUUCAGCAAACGCACCAUUCGUACCCUCCGCGUCUGGAGAUUCGUCAAGGCCGGUGUCGCAUGAAGGUCGAGUAUCACCCUACCAACAGACUCCAACCUCUCAGCGCCCAAAUACCUCUGAUCGCCCAUCGCCUCUGAACCCCACACAACAAAUGCCGAAUUUUUCAGACAUGGCUCCAAUCCAUAAACCCUCUUCAUCAGGGUCUGUCACCUUGACCGGAGCAAAUUUACAAGCUCGUCUCAAUCACCCAGUCCCACCAACCCCGAGCCCUCUGGAUCAAAUGUAUCUACCACAAACCAAUGAAGCCGUACAUGAAUUGGUAUCGCCACAAUCCGCACAAUCACCCGCCAUCCAGGCCAAUGGGUCCUACAGUGUUGUUCCUCCAACAGCUGACCAAAUGGCCAACCUGAAUCGUCGAGUCUCUCUGACUGCGCGCAAACCGGUUCCGCCAAUCGCGACCCAUGGGGCUAUGCAUCAAAAUGGUCCAGCACGGGAUUUGAGUGGCAGUCCCGGUGUGCCACCCUCACCACCUCGCGGUGCAUGGGGCGCCGCCGGAGUUCCAGGUUCUCCAUCUUUCAACAAGGCGAUCAAUCAGCCCAAUGGACUCAUGAGGAAUAACUCCAAGGGAAGUGGCCGUUCAAUUCCCAUAUCGGCAUCGACGCCAAAUCUCCACGCUGCGCCACCAGUUCAGACCCAACGACCGCGAAUGGGCAGACUCGACACUAUUGAUAGUGUAUCUAGCUCGUACGGACCGGGUGAACCGGGUUCGAGAUCGCACAGUGUUGCGCAAGGAAUGGUCGCUCCGAUGCCGCAACCGCAGCAAAAUCCGCAUUUCAUAUCGCAAACCCAAUCCGUACCGCAACAGGUGUAUCAGCAAAUGCCAACUCACCAAACGCGAGUCUGGGCGGGAAACGGGCCGAGUCCCGCUGAAAGUGGUAACAGACGGGCCUUGUCAGAUCCUAUGUCUGUGGAAUCUGGCAAGAAGAAGAAAGGAAAGAGAAAGAAAGGCGAGGAGGUGCCCAGAAGUCAAACGCCUAUGCCGACUAGUUCAAGAGGCGCCGAACAAGGAGGAGGUGUGAAGAAGAAGGGGGGGAGAUGUGUGGUCAUGUGA